CCAUACACUGCCUUGUCGCUGAGCGGUUCUAUAGCUUUGUGCUCCGUACAUGAAUUCCAGUCCUCUUAUCUGGCAGAGAGCAAUUACGAAUUAAAAACAGACUGGCAGAGUAAUUACAACAAAGCAGACAGGAACUACGACUGCGAAGGAGGACAAACAAAGAUAAGACUAGAAACUACGGAGUAUGGCAAUACCAAAUAUAUGGCACCAGCGCCGCGUGGCCGAGACCGCGAGCAGGCCGUGCUGGAUCUGCUUCAAGCCGACUUCUGCGGUCUUGCAUAACCCGGAGAAUAACGACUUCUUCUACAUAUGCCUAGGCCAUCUCAAGGACAAGGGAUUCGCCGCGCCCAUCAUCAACGAAGCGGACGUCGCGGCGCGGCGCAAACAAGAGGAGAUGGAGGCGGAAAUACAGCGUCUCAAGACGGAGUACGAGGAGAAGCAGAAACGGAAAGAGGAAAAGGAGAAGGAGAAGGAGAAAGACAAGAACGAGAAAGAGAAAGAGAAGGAUAAGAAGAAGGAGGACGAGGAAGGGGAAAAGGACAAAAAGGAUGAGACGGACAAGGCAAAGUCGUCGGAAAAGUCACCAAGUGGGACAGCUACGCCAACAGCGUCCAAGGAUGAUACCCCGCGGGUAUUUUCCCUGCAAAAACACUUUUACCAAAUGCGCAUCGACCGGCUACGGAAAGCCGAAUUGGCAAAACGCAACAUGCACCGAUUACAGAGUCCAAAUGUUUUUCCGUCCGUCCCAAGCGGCGAGCCAGGACCAGGUCCUUGAUCGUAUCCUUGAUCGUAUCCCACCUUGAUCGUAUCCCGGCCUUGAGUUAUAGUCCCAACCUCCAUGAAUUGACUAGCACGAGUCCAGACUCUGUUGUCGAGUCAGCAGUACAA